GUAUGUAAAAGCGAGGACCUCACGGCCGAUCAGAGGCUCCACGCUGUAGACUCCAAGCCGUCUCUGAUAGAAUACCUGAGCUACAACCUGAACUUCCUCAGUAUCCUGGUGGGACCCUGCAGUCACUAUAAGGACUACAUAGACUUUAUAGAGGGGAGACACGUUCAGAGGAGGCUGAGAAGGCUUUCAGCAUCCAACACUGGACAGAAUGGAUAUGAUAAAGUUUCAGAGCCCUCACCUAUGGCUGCUGUCACACGCAAACUGCUGAUCUGUGGUGUGUGCAUGGUUUUGUUCCUGACCCUCACCAAAGCGUUCCCCGUCACAUAUAACGUUGACAGCCAUUUCGUCAACGAGGCACCUUUCCUGACCAGACUGGCGUAUGCCUUCUUCUCUAUACAAGCUGCUAGACCCAAGUUCUACUUCGCCUGGACUUUAGGUGAGGCUUUACCCACCCAGU